CCCAACCAGAGCAUCUUACUUAGUACUUGCAUAUUUCUCUGGUACCAAAGCUUUUCUAUAAAGUACUACUCCUCUACUGGACUGGUCGGCUGUCCAUCAAAUAUCUUGUUUCUCCUCCUCGUUCUUUUUUUUUUGUCUUUUUUGUUUGGUGUUGCUCCAGGACUAAGUAAUUUCACGUCUCUCUCGCGACUGCCACCGCGAAAACGAAACGACCCUGCUCGUCUAGGCUCGGUCCAUCACUAGUCUCAUCCAAUCAUAGGUUCAGCUUGGCUCCAAGUCUUAUCAUUGCACGACAAAAACAACGGACAAACUCCGUUAAUCAUCAUCCCAUCCACCCCAAACGCUAAUCCUAAUUCCACCAAAAUAAGCCCUAUAAUGUCUUUAUCUGCCUCUGACAACACUGGCUCCUAUUCACGAGUGUCCUCGGGAAAGACCCCUCCCCCAGCUCCCUCUGCUGCAUAUGCAAAGAGGGCACGGGAGAUUCAGGCGGAAGAACGGCUCAACGGUGCUAGAUAUAGGCCUCCUGCGCUGCGCGCUCUUCCUCCGAGCGGUUCUCCCCCAAACGACAUCAACACCACAGUCGCUUCCCCUAGUGAUGACGCCACAACGACCGCUUCUAAUUACCCGCCAGGAUUUAGGAGAGCACGUGCAGGAACGCUGCCUUCUGAUGUGCAUCUCGCUGCUCAGCGAUUCGCUGCUGCUUCCAAUACUUUGAGCAGUACUAAUCCAUCAACCGAAUCAUUUGCCGAACAGUUGCAGCAGAGACAGGCGGCUAAUACGCCUCCUAGUAUCGUCGUACCCACACGUUCUGUUAUACGGCAUUCCACUACUAUCGCUGCUGCUGCUACUGCGCUUCCUUCCUCCGCCGGCCCCACAUCUGUCGGUUCCGAGCGUAACAGCCGUCUGAGGUCAGGUUCGUUAACGCUACCCUCAGCCGGUCUUUCCAACGCAUUCGGCCCGUCCAUCUUCUCAUCGUCAUGGUUAUCCUCCAACGGAUCGGGUUCCAACUUUCCUAUUCUAGACGAGUUGCGUUCCGUUACGUCCGCGGACUCGGUCGAUGAUUUUGAUGUUCAUACAUUGGAUUAUCUGGGUUUGGAUGAUAGUCACCGACCCCCUCCUGCUGCUACUAUUUCUGAGCUCCGUACGCAAGCGCAGGCUGCUAUUGCUGGGAACCUCGCUAAUCCACCGCGCUUGAGAGCGAGUACGGUUUCGAACCCGUAUCGUACGCGUUCGUCUGGUGCUUCGUCUCUACUUGCGACCCCUAAUGCGGAGGAGGAAGAGGAGUAUUUUGAUGGGCAUGAUCAGCAGUACGAGCGUCAACGUUUGGGUCUGUACGAUGGCUCCAUGUCGGACGCUAGUCUUUUUCACUCGUCAUACGUGGCGAAGGGGUUUAAGCAGGGCGAUCAUUUAAACCCUGCAAGCGCGCUUUCAUCCCGGCCUAGAGCAAUCUCCGUGGGAACGCUCGAUGAUCCCAUUCGCACCCUCCAGCGCCGCGCCACGACAAGCGAAGUCCAAUCCCCCUAUCUCAACGACCUUGUAGUCGCCGGCGGAAGUCUUGCGAAUCUGGCUAGUCCUGCUGGUAUUCUGAAGAGCGAUGUGAAGAUGUCCGGUUCGCGAGGAACGUCUUCCCCUACGGUGCAUUUCCCUAAUGGCGAGUUGAGUCGUGCGUCUUCGUACCUCGCUGCUCCCAAUUCUCAGGGAAGGGCUGUGUCUCCCAAGACCGAGGCAAAUAAUAACUCGCAGAUCCAGACGCCUACGCGAUCGUUGUGGAUUGGGAAUUUGGAUAGUGCUGUUACGAGCGAGCAGCUUAUUCAUGUAUUUGCGCCGUAUGGAGCUAUUGAGAGUUUGAGGCUUCUUCCGGAGAAGGAAUGCGGUUUCGUCAAUUUCGUGGACCAAGCGGAUGCUAUCCGGGCCAAAGACGAUGUCCUCAACCGUCUAGGCGGGAAUAUCGGUAUGCCCAACGGGCAGACUGUGCGUAUUGGCUUUGGGAAGGCGGACAGCGCUCCUGUUGCUCCGGCCAAGGGGACGACUGUUACGAACUCUGGCGCCACGUCUCCUAGUGGUUUGAGCAAGGCCAGCAGCCCUGGCCUUGGCGGAUUGGACGCGCAGCUGCAAUCUACGCCUACUCGUGCGUUGUGGAUUGGGUCUAUCCCGAGCACUACUACGCCUGCGACGAUCUUGAGCGUUUUCAGUCCUUAUGGGCCUAUCGAGUCUGCGAGGGUGUUGACGCAUAAAAAUUGUGGAUUUAUCAACUUCGAACGUCUGGACGACGCUGUGCGGGCUAGGAAGGCUCUGAAUGGCCGUGAUGUCCUUGGUAGCGACGUCGGUGCCAUCCGUAUCGGCUUUGCCAAGGUCCCUGUCAAGAACGGCCAGGAAGGCAACGGAACGCAAGAUGAAAGUCCCAGCGUAGCAGUGCAGGGCAUUGGCGACUUGAGCGUCGGAGCCACUAUCCACGCCCUUCGCAGCGUCAAGGGUGCAUCCACUAUCCCAGCGGAUCAGCAAGUGCUUGGUGGUCAAGUGGAGAACUACCGCUCGAAUCUCUUGCUUAGCAUGAUUGGCUCUGGCAUGCAUAAUAUCGCGUAUGUUUCUGAUGGCUUGUCGAAGCCCGCUGGAUGGUCGCCGUCGGUCACGGAGCAGCAGAUGAUCAUGAAGGAGUUGACGGCUGGUAGCCCUGAUGCUGAUUUCGAUAUUCAGUCGUUGUCUGAAUUCCGGCCCCCGACCAUGUACUACACGACGAUCCCGCUUGUCUCUGAGAGACCCAACAACAGGCGCUGGGAUGCUUCAAAAUUGCGCGAACUCCGAAAGAGGCUGGAUUCUGGUACUAUGACCGUAGAGGAAACUGACCAAGUCGCUGGUGACUUUUUGGAUGGCGAGAUUGUCGACUUGGCCUCGGACUGGCUGGGCAACACGGUCGUACAAAAGUUGUUUGAAAAGUGCUCUCCUGUACCGCGGUUCGCGAUGUUGGAGCGAAUCACGCCUCAUUUGGCGAUGAUCGGUAUCCACAAGAACGGUACUUGGGCUGCACAGAAGAUCAUUGAGUGUGUCCAGACUCCCGAGGAGGUUGGGCUCAUCGUGCAGAACUUGAGGGCCUAUGCUCCGCCUUUGCUGCUGGAUCAGUUUGGUAACUAUGUGGUUCAAUGUUGUUUGCGUUUCGGGGCUCCUGCCAAUGAUUUCAUCUUCGACGCUAUGGUUGACCGUAUGUGGGAGAUCGCCCAAGGCCGCUUUGGCGCACGGAGCAUGAGAGCGUGUCUCGAGAGCCCUCAUAUCACCUUGAGCCAGCAACGUCGUAUUGCUGUUGCCGUGAUCUUGAACUCUAUUCCUCUGGCCACGAAUCCUAAUGGCGCACUGCUGCUGACAUGGUUGCUUGACACGUCUUCCUUCCCUUCGCGGUACAACCUUCUUGCGCCUCGUUUCACGCCUCACCUAUCGCAUCUCUGCACGCACAAGUUGGCGUCUUUGACCGUUCUCAGGAUUGUCAAUCAGAAGAUCGAGUUUGAAGCAUCUCGUCAGAUUGUCCAGGCGUUGUUCUCGUCACCCGGUGACCAUGUUCUUACCGAUGUGUUGGGUGAUCAGGUGAAUGGUGUUGCGGUUGUACACAAGAUCUUGACUAGCCCGUUCAUCGACCCUAUCGACAAGCCAACUUAUAUCGAGGCCACUAAACGGGUAUUGAUCGAGCUCAAGGUUAUCGCGACUCAGGCUUAUCGUCGGCUGAUCGAAGAAGUUGGUCUUCCCAUCCCAAACUACCAGCCCACGUAUACCACUAAUGGUCCCCCUGGCAAGAAGGGUCAGAACCAGAAUCACUAUGGGGUGCCUGGCCUGCCGUCAGGCUAUCCUUCGAAUGAUCAGGGUUUAGCUUCGAUGAUGGCUGCGUUGCAGAUGGGUGGGCAGAACCCCCAGUCUGGGCCCCCGCAAUUGCACAUUGAUCCUGCAUAUGGUCAAGUUCCCGCGCCACGCGGUCGUAUUUCUCAGCCACCUUCCGCGUUCUCGCCCUCGUCAGAUCCUUUCAACCCCUUUGCCAUUCGUUCUCCGGAUAUUAGCAGUCCUCGCACCUCUGGUGUUCGUCGUAACGGCGGACUCCCCACGAUUCCUCCUUCCAUGACUCCUACCCCCGUCUCUGCUAUGCCAUAUGGCAAUCAAUCUCCCAAUCUCGCACCUGGUGGCAUCCUUAACAUGGGUCAGCCAACCUUCAAUACUCAGACUGUUCCCCAGCACGUCCCGCAGCACGUCUAUCAGGCAUAUAUGUACCAAGUAUACCAGCAAACACCGCCGUCUAGCAUGGGCACCUUCAAUUAAAAGAACUCUCACGACCCCUCUCACGACCCUGCUUUGUUGCAUAUCGAAUGAAAUUAUUCCUUUCUGUUGUCUAUCUAUUCUUCUGCCACGCCAUGCGCCAAGUUAUUUGCCAGACAAUCACAACCCAUUCCUUUCCGAUACCCCUCAUCGCUCUUCUUUCAAUGUCACGCUCCUUACUUACUUUUCAUCCAUUGGGCAAGCACACCUGGGCGAAGAUGCGAUGGUUUCAGAGGGCCAGUGCAGGAAAUAUUGCUAUCCUUUUUCUUCUUCUCCAAUUCUAUCUUCAUUCCUACGUUGGUUGGUUUGUGUAUAAAUACUACGUGUGGAUGGCUGUAACACAAUUAUUGCCCUGAACUAUAGACGAAUGACACUGCUCUUCUGCUCGUCCUGGAGGUUGAGCAGCCUCCUUGAAGGCUCGAGCGCAUCUGGCGAUGACCGC